UAAAGAAUUUGCGAUCGAUUGUUUUUUCGUAGACAACAUUGCCUGUCUUUGCCUGUAAGGAGGGAAACUUUCAUCGUUUGCCAGGGCAAGGGAGUGCCACUCUCCUCCAGUGAAUCUUUGAAAUCCAAACACCGGAAUACAGGACAACUUUGUAAGGUUUUCCAUCUUAUUUUCCCCUCCGUCCCUAUAUCUGCCUUCUCGGACUGCGUGUGAAGGUAUGUCAGCGAUAGCAGGGGUCAUACCCACGAUGAUGCGCCGAACACCGCCUCAGAAUUAUCCGCGAGGCAGCUUCCCAUUGGAAGUCUCUACCCCGUUAGGUCAAGGCAGAGUAAACCAGCUCGGUGGAGUUUUCAUAAACGGCCGACCUCUGCCCAACCACAUCCGUCACAAAAUCGUUGAGAUGGCUCACCACGGCAUCCGACCGUGCGUCAUUUCGCGCCAGCUGCGAGUCUCCCACGGCUGCGUGUCCAAAAUCCUGUGCAGGUACCAGGAGACCGGUUCCAUACGGCCCGGUGCCAUAGGAGGAGGAAAACCCAAGCAGAUGACAACACCAGAGGUGGAAAAGAAGAUCGAGGAGUACAAGCGGGACAACCCAGGAAUAUUUAGCUGGGAGAUUCGGGACAAACUUCUCAAAGAUGGGGUCUGUGAUCGGAGCACCGUCCCCUCAGUGAGUUCAAUCAGUCGCAUCAUGCGGUGCAAAUUUGGAGGCAGCGGAGAAGAAGAGGAGAACGUGGAGGACCUGGAGGUGGAAGACAGCGACAGAAGGGCGAAACACAGUAUCGACGGCAUCCUCGGCGACAGAUGUAAUCACUCAGACGAGGGUUCCGAGGUGGAUUCGGAGCCGGACCUGCCGCUGAAGAGGAAACAGCGGCGCAGUCGCACCACCUUCACGGCGGAGCAGCUGGAAGAGCUGGAGAAGGCCUUCGAGAGGACGCACUACCCCGACAUCUACACCCGCGAGGAGCUGGCACAGCGGGCCAAGCUGACGGAGGCGAGGGUGCAGGUUAAAUAUAUAUAG